GCCUCACUCCUCCCCAAGCCCCUGUCAAUCACUGGUCUGCAUUCUGCCUCUAUGGAUUUGGAAAAGGCUGUAUUUUUAAGCAGAAAGACCCUGUUACAUAGCACAGUUCAAACGCUAAGUAUUUGCAUGAAGUUUUGGUUUCAUUUCUUCAAGAGAAGCCACGGAGGACACUAGUGCCCAAUGUGGGGAUUCUCUUCUGCCAUCUGAGGGGGCUCCGGGAUGCAGGAAUGCCACGGUAACAUACGUGGCCCGAGUGCGCAGCUCACACCUGAAGAGCCCGGUCUUGGGAAAAACAAUCUCAUUGGAUUCCCCAGGGGCCCUGGGGGCCUUCAGGGUUCAAGCCUUGAGGGUCAGGAAAACUCUUUCACCAUCAACAGCAUCCACAUGAGCAGCCUGCCCGACUGGACGGUGCCCAACGGGCAGAACCUGACCCUGCAGUGCGUCGUGGACGUCAGCACCACCUCGCACGUCACGCCUCAGCAGCUGGUGCUGUUCUAUAAGGACGACGUGCUGUUUUACAACGUCUCCUCCACGGAGAGCACCGAGAGCUUUUUUAUUCCCCAAGCCCGCGUCUAUGACUCGGGGACUUACAAAUGCACUGUGGUGCUGAACAACAAGGAGAAGACCUCUCAGGAGUACCAGGUGUCGGUGAAAGGAGUGCCCAAUCCCAGGGUGACACUGGACAAAAGGGAGGCCAUAGAAGGCGGGUUCGUGAUGGUCAAUUGUUCUGUCCUGGAAGAAAAGGGCCCCAUACAUUUCACAAUUGAAAAACUUGAACUAGAUACAAAAAUUGUCAAGCACAGAAGAGAGAAGACGUCUCGGGACCAGAAUUUUGUGAUGCUGGAAUUUCCUGUUGAGGAACAGGACCACGUUUUAAUAUUCCGCUGUCAAGCGAGGAUCAUUUCUGGGAUCCACAUGGAGAUCUCAGAAUCCACCAGGAGUGAACUGGUCACCGUGAGGGAAUCCUUCUCUGUUCCCAAGUUCCAUGUCAUCCCCACCGGAAUGAUCACAGAAGGAGAUCAGCUGCACAUUAAGUGCACCAUUCAAGUGACGCCCCUGGCUCAGGAGUUUCCAGAAAUCAUAAUCCAGAAAGACAAGGUGAUUGUGGCCCACAGCAAACACAGUGAGGAGGCCACCUACUCGGUCAUGGCCAUGGUGGAGCACAACGGCAACUACACGUGCAAAGUGGAGUCCAGCCGCAUAUCCAAGGUCAGCAGCAUCGUGGUCAACAUAACAGAACUGUUUCCCAAGCCGACGCUGGAAUUUUCCUCUUCACGUCUGGACCAAGGCGAGAGCUUGAACCUGUCAUGCUCCAUCCCAGGAGCGCCUGCAGCCAACUUCACCCUCCAGAAGGAAGACAUGAUUGUGUCACAGGCUCAAAAUUUCACCAAGAUAGCCUCGGAGUGGGACAGCGGGGCGUACACCUGCACCGCCGCCAUCGGCAAAGUAGUCAAGAAAAGCAACACAGUCCAGAUAUCGGUGUGUGAAAUGCUCUCUGAGCCGAGGAUUUCUCACGAUGCCCAGUCCGAAGUCAUAAAAGGGCAGACCAUAGAAGUCAGUUGCCAAUCGAUAAAUGGAACUUGGCCUAUUGCUUAUCAGCUUUUAAAAGCAAAUAGAGUUCUGGAGGGUUGUACAAAGAACUCCAACGAUCCUGCAGUCUUCAAAGAUAAACCAACCAAGGAUGUGGAAUACCAGUGUGUCGCCGAUAAUUGCCAUUCCCACGCCAAAAUGUUCAGUGAGGUCCUAAGGGUCAAGGUGAUAGCCCCCGUGAGCGAGGUCAAGCUUUCCAUCCUGCUGAGCGAGGCGGUGGAGUCUGGGAAGGAAAUCGUGCUUCGUUGUUCCGUGAAGGAAGGGUCUGGUCCCAUCACCUAUAGGUUUUACAGAGAAAAGGAGAACAAAUUCUUCCACCAGGUGAUCUCAAAUGACACCCAGGUAUUUUGGAGCAAGCCGCAGGCUAGCAAGGAGCAGGAGGGACAGUAUUACUGCACGGCCUUCAACAGAGCCACCGUUGCCGGAAGCACCCCUCACAGCAACCUACUGCCAGUCCGAGUCUUUCUUUCCCCAUGGAAGAAAGGACUCAUUGCAGCGAUUGCCAUCGGAGUGAUAAUUGCCACCUUGGUCAUUGGGGCCAAAUGCUAUUUUCUGAGGAAAGCCAAGGCCAAGCAGAUGCCAGUGGAGAUGUCCAGGCCAGCAGUACCACUUCUGAACUCCAACAACGAGAAGGUGUCAGAUCCCAACGUGGAGGCUAACAGUCAUUAUGGUUACGAUGAUGUUGGAAACCAUGCAAUGAAACCAAUAAAUGAUAAUAAAGAGCCUCUGAACUUGGACGUGGAGUACACAGAAGUAGAAGUGUCCUCAGCUGAGCCUCACAGAGCUCUGGGAACGAAGGGCAUUGAGACGGUGUACAGUGAAAUCCGGAAAGCCGACCCUGAUUUCGUGGAAAACAGAUAUUCUAGAACGGAAGGCUCCCUUGAUGGAACUUAGACAGCGAGGGCAGACCCUCAUGCCUGGGAGGACGUCUGCGUUCCAAGAACGGAUGAUCCCUGCGUUCCAAGAGCUCUGUGCAGUUAGGAGCCUGCCCCGCUUCCACCGGACAUAGCAGUUCCUCAGGCCGAGCCACCGGUUCUUAAAUCCAUCCUACUGCAUUAACUUUGCAUCUAAAGAGACACAGGGGGGCUGUUUAAUUUCCCGCACGGCCCUCCUUCCAUCAAGUUGGAGCAUCCUUGUGAUUGGAAGAGCAGAGGAGGUUCAGGGUCAAUAGGCCAUUGGGAUAUUUUGAAACUUGAAUAUUGUGUCUUAUACAGAGAUAAAGACCUUUUCCUUGCGCCCUCGUACACAGAAACUGAUUUUUGUUUUGUAGUCAAUCACUUCCAACAAAUGGCCUGGUUUAGGGGCUAGUUUUUUCCUUUUCCUUUGGUCCUUCAAAGGCCUGUAGGUCUGGGUAGUCCUUGUCCUUUGGAAGUACACAGCACUGACCAGACAACUUCACCCUGUCCCCUCUGUGACCUCACCCACCACAUACGGGAACAGAAAGCUGCUUGGGUCCAACUCCUUUGACAUGCCAACACGAAGACGAGGUUCCUUCAGGCGAUGCGCACACUAGAAAAUGAAGGUGGAACAG